CUUUUAAUUCUCAAAAAUCAUUCAAAACAUCAUUUCAUAUUUUUUUUCUUCCCGCUUUCUUCCAUAAUUAUUAUGAGUCAUGUAACUUUUUUUAAAAUUUAAAUUCAAAUUCAAGUAUUUUAUUAUACCAGUUUAUUUUUUAUUUUUUUAAUUUCCUGAGAACUUAAACUUGGAGUUAAUCUAUUCCUUGCAGUUUUUUUUAACCAUAUCAUUUUAAAUUUUUUUAAAGGUGUUUUAAUUGAUUUUAAAGUUUAAAUCGUGCAUGUGUGUGUUUGAGUUAAUUGCCGGGGAAAUGGGAGUAUGGGUAGUGGUAAGUUAUUUUUUCUUAAUUUUUUUUUCUCUUUUUGUCUUUUCGUUUCAUCCCUUUUUUGUCUUUUUUAUUUUAUUUUAUUUUUAAAUAAGAAUUAUCUGGUGUUGACACUUGUUAGUUUAUUAUGCUUUUGCCUCUCCUAUUUUAUAUAGAUAGAUUAUUAUUAUUAUUAUUAUUAUUAUUAUUAUUAUUAUAUCUUCUUUUUGUUUGGCAGACUCCUAAUCGUUCUAUGAUUGGACGUACUAGUAAUUAAUAAUUCCGGAAAUAGAAACGUGGUGUAUAAUUUAAUUUGAUGGAAACCAAAUUACUACAGACACCUGAACACAACAAUGUUUAACAUUAUUCUAUUAUCUUUAGGUUUAGAAUCCUAAUCAUUCUAAAAUUAAAAGAAGGAACAAAAACGGAAGAGUCCUUGAUCUUAUAUAAUACAGAUAGGACACUCCAGCCCAACUCAACUAUCUAACUUCUACUAAUAUUUCAUAUAAAACCAACAAAAUAACAUCUUCUCUUUUGCCGUCCUGCUUUUUGGUCCUGUUUGUUCUCUCCUUCGUCCAUUUAGCAUGGACGAAAAACGGCCCACGCCACCUUCCUCCACCGUUAAAAUCCGAAGAACAACCAGUUCUAACAGUGGUGGUGGCAGUGGGCCGAUAAUUCUAGGCAAAUAUCAACUAGGUCAUCUUCUUGGACGUGGCAGCUUCGCGAAAGUUUAUCAUGCACGCCGUUUAGACGAUGGUACUAACGUUGCCAUCAAAGUUAUGGACAAAAAUACCACAGUGGACGCCACCAUGGAACGGUUAAUCAUACGCGAAGUCUCUGCCAUGCAUCGCCUUAACAGUCACCCAAACAUCAUCAAACUCAAUGAAGUGAUGGCCACCAAGUCCAAAAUCUACCUUGUCAUGGAACUCGCGCCAGGUGGCGAUCUUUUCUCCAAGCUCAACCGACGUGGCAGAUUCUCUUACUCCACGGCUAGGUAUUACUUCCAUCAACUUGUCUCAGCUCUACUCUUUUGCCAUCAAAAAGGCGUGGCUCAUCGCGACCUUAAGCCACAGAACCUUCUCGUUGAUGGAGAAGGUCGGCUUAAAGUCUCCGACUUUGGAUUCAGCGCUCUUCAUGAUGAACAGCUCAGCAACAGCCUACUCCAAACGGCUUGUGGUACUCCAGCUUACGCGGCUCCAGAGAUAAUAUACAGAAGAGAAUAUGAGGGUUCUAAAGCAGAUGCUUUUUCUUGUGGGGUUAUUCUCUUUGUGUUCCUCACAGGAAAACUUCCGUUCGAUGACAGCAGCUACACCAGGUUGCAUCUAGCGAAACAUCGUCGCGAGUAUCAGUUUCCUGAUUGGGUUCAAAAGCCUGCUCGGAGUGUAAUAAACCGGUUGCUCGAUCCUAACCCGAGCACGAGGUUAAGCAUUGAGGAAUUAACGGAGAUGUCGUGGUUCAAGAGAUCUGCAACGAAAGGGGAAGAGUCAAAUAAUCAGCAGCAGCUAUUUGGACAAGGUAUACUUGAAAAGGAGUGUGAAAAAUCGGGGAGAUUAAUGAAUGCGUUUGAUAUAAUAUCAAUGUCGCACGGGUUGGAUUUAUCGGGGUUAUUCGGUGGUAGAUCGAAGAAGAAAAAGUUGAGGUUUACUACAAGUGUUCAUGUAGGUAGUGUUGAAGAGAAGGUGAUGAAAAUUGGAAAAGAAGAAGGAUAUAGAGUGGAAAGGACGAAAGGCGGAGGAAUAGGGUUAGUACAAGGGAGAGUGGUCUUGUUGGUGGAAAUAUGGGAAAUGGCAGCAAAGCUAUGGUUGGUGGAGAUUAAGGUUGUAGAUGGAGGACAAGAAUUUGAUGAAACUCAAUGGAAAGUAAUGGAAGUUGGGCUGAAAGAUAUUGUUUCUUCGUGGUAUAAUGAUGACGGGUCUUGAAGGGAAGACCUAUAUAGAUUUUUUUUUAUUUUUUUUAAAUUUUGUAUAAGUUUUGGCAUUUGAGAUGAAUUAAAGUGACAAAAAUGAUUGGCAAGGAUCCAUGUAACCGAUACUAACUUAUUUGAGAUUAUUGAAGCGUAGUUAUUAUUGUUGUUAGGAGCUAGCAUCUAAUAUAGCUUCCAUUGGUAAAGAAAGAAAAAUGAAAAAAGUCAA